AUGUUUCUCCCCGCCUUAGCCGUUCGCGCCGAGCAGUCUGGUUUGAGCUUGCCUAUAUCUCGCGUUCCAGCCAGAACGUUUGCCAGACUCCCUCACCUUGGUCAAGCCGUUGGCGGCAUCGAUGUCUUCAACAGUCAGCAAUACACAUACAACGUCAAGGCUGGCAUAGGCGAGCCGCCUCAACUGUUCGAAUAUGUUCUUGACACAGGCUCUUCCGAUUUCUGGGUCUGCGAUUCAUCCUGUCAAGACUCAGACUGUAAGGCAGUAACCUGCUUUUCAUCAGACGCGUCAAACACUCUCAUCGACGCUCAACUUCCUUUCAACCUGAACUAUCUUGCUGGUCGAGUGCGUGGAGAGAUUGUGUACGACACCGUCUCGUUUGGAUCGUAUCGCAUCAAGAACCAAGCCCUUGCCACUGUUUUCCAAACUGCCGAGCUAGGACUCGCCUCUUCAAUGACAUCCGGAAUUCUGGGUCUUUGUUUUCCCGCCUCUGCCGCAAUUUCCUCCGCCGCUGGUGCAACGUUACUCGAAAACCUCAUGUCAUCGUUCAAUCCCGCACAACGUUUUUUUGCAUUUCACCUCCCUCGCAUGUCCGGCUCCUCAGAUCCAAAUGCAUCUUUCACCAUUGGCAAACUUGACCCACAACUUGCGCCGAAUCCUUCACUUUUAGCUACCUCUCCAGUAAUUCGCACAGGCCCACGAUACGACUACUGGAAACUCUCAAUUCUCCGACUCACCCUCAAUGGCGUACCCUUCGAGAUCUCAUCCUCCCGCAUUCCUUCUGCAUCAUAUCCAAUUGCUGUCCUAGAUUCUGGCACGACUCUUAUUCUUGGACCUGUCGCUGAUGUCAAAGCUUUCUACCGACUGUUAGGAGAAGGCGCACGCUAUAGUCCUGAGACAGGCUAUCAGUCCUUGGCCAACCGGCUGCCGAAUAUGUCAUUCACCCAGUUGACCUUGCAUGGUCUGGAAGGAGCUGACGGCGGUUGGUGCACUGGAGGGAUACAAGGGAACGACAAAGUCAACUCAGCAGACUGGCUACUCGGCGAUACUUUUCUACGCAACGUCUAUGCAGUCCAUUACUACGAGCCGGUGCCGCAGAUAGGAUUGCUCAGCCUCACCAAUCCUGAUAAGGCUCUCAGCGAGUUUCGACAACAACGUGGCCCGGACGUAGACGAGCAAGGCAAUCCAGAUGAGGAGGAGGACGCAAAGCCAGACGAAAUCGAUGCUUGGAACACCGACACAGAGUUAGUAAAGCGAUGGGAACAUCAACCUGACGGACGAACGACACUUAUAUUUGCUAUCGUUGCGGGUGGUGUUGGGUUCGUGCUUGGUGGAAUAGGGGUAGUAGGCUGGAGAAUUACUCAAUUCAUCAACUUGCUUCUUGCGAUCACUUGCUUGAAAUGCUUGAUUACCUCUCAAUAUCCCAUAAAGGCGAGUGGUAUUGUGUUGUGGUCACGAGCUUUCACACCAGACGCCUCGCAACUUGCCUCAUCGUCAGCCUCACCCGUCAACUCGCUGGUCCGAGAGGCGCUGAUAGAAGGUCGGACGGCUGAAGAGAAGUAUGAGAAGGACGGAUAUGCUGUCAAAUGGACAUUCGUAAACGACCUCGAGCUUAUAUUCGUCGUCGCGUACCAGCGCAUCCUCCAACUGACCUAUGUCGAUGACCUACUCGCUGCACUCAAGACUCUCUUCGUCAAGAUGUUCCAGCCAUUCCUCGCGACCUUUGUUGCGUCUCUACAUGCUUUGAACAGCGGAAAGGCGACUGUCGUGCAAACAGCCAGCGCUCUCAACUUUGCGGAUGCCUUCGAGGGCUGGGACAAAAUAUUCGAUAAACUGUUGCGGAAUCUAGAAGACAAGGCAGCGCAGGACCGAAAGUCACGACUGCGGCCAGUUGUCCGCGCUCCAGCUGAAGAAUCGAAUAGUCCUCCGUCGGAAGACUCGGAGACACAACCAACUCAAGCUUCUGAUACGCCUUUGGAUGAACAACAAAUUGCGCGGAAUGUACAGGCACUCAAAAAUCGACUUCGAGGGCGAGGCGGUAAACGCGGGGGGCGGGGUCCCUCGCGAAUGGAUUCGGGCAGCGGUCGGGAUAGCGUUCCCAACUCUGACUCCGAAUCCGCCCCCACGAAACGAAAAUCCAAAGUCGCCAAGGCCCAGCGGAAAUGGGGGGACCAGGCGCCAACAGAAGAUGACAUGGCGUCGCUGGACUUCAGUAUGGACUCUCCCGCUGACGCAAUGGGCACUUCACAAGACCUUGAUGCGCUUGUUGACUCUACGUCACUUGGCACGCGCAGCAAGGAUGGUACAUAUGAGGUCAAGGACUGGGAGUUCUCCAAAGAUGACGACGACAAUGCGAUUGCCGACGCGUUAAAGUCAGCUGAUGUCACAAAAAGUGGUGCAUCUGCUAGCUCCCUUGGUGCAUUGGGAUCGCUUUUCUCCCGCUUAACGGGCUCCAAAGUGCUUACGGAGCAGGAUCUCAAGCCGGUGCUUGAUGGGAUGAAGCAACAUCUGAUGAAGAAAAAUGUAGCGAAGGAAAUUGCGGACAAAGUCUGCGAGGGCGUUGGAGAGAGUCUUGUGGGUAAGAAAGUCGGCGGAUUUCAGACGACCAAUGCGGCUGUUAGACUAGCGCUGUCGACUUCCCUGACGCGUAUCCUAACGCCUAAAACAUCGACAGACCUCCUGCUUUCCAUCAGGACGAAGCUCUCGUCUCCACUCACAUCGACGCAGCAACGGAUGCCUUACAGCAUAACGUUUGUUGGCGUCAAUGGGGUCGGGAAGAGCACGAACCUGUCCAAGGUCUGUUUCUGGCUCAUCCAGAACGGAUUCCGCGUCCUCAUCGCGGCGUGUGAUACCUUCCGGAGUGGCGCCGUAGAACAAUUGCGAGUGCAUGUUCGCAACUUGGGUAUGCUUGGCGUCAACGGGGCAACAGACAGCAAAGGGCGGGUGGAGUUGUUUGAACGUGGUUACGGGAAAGAUGCUGCUGGCAUCGCGCGUGAAGCCAUCUCAUAUGCCAAAGACAAUGACUUUGACGUGGUGCUCAUCGACACUGCGGGGCGGAUGCAGGACAACGAGCCGUUAAUGCGGGCUCUUGCCAAGCUGGUGGCGGUCAACACGCCUGACAAGAUCAUCUUUGUGGGCGAGGCGCUUGUGGGGAAUGAGGCUGUGGACCAACUGACCAAGUUCGACCGGGCCUUGCGCGACUUUUCGUCUGCCUCGGGGGCAGGCAAGGGACGCGGAAUCGACGGGAUGCUCGUGACCAAGUGGGACACGGUGGACGACAAGGUUGGCGCGGCGUUGUCGAUGACCUACGUGACUGGACAGCCGAUUAUCUUUGUGGGGUGUGGACAGACCUACACUGACUUGCGACAACUGCGGGUAGCAAAUGUUGUACAGGCCAUAUUGGCCAACUAG